AUGGGCUCCAAGCGAAGGGAUCUUCUACAUUGCUGGAUUGUGGCCAUUGCAUUCGCUGCCGCUGUAGCUCUAUCGAUGGCCGGAUUGGCCACCGGUGAGACGUACGAGGAUUGCGAGCAGCCACCGGAAAUUGCACACGGAUCCGCCCGACUAACCGUGGACGAUAACGAAGAGUAUGUGACGGCACACUACACCUGCAAAUCGGGCUACCGGCUGCAGGAACCGCAGCUAGCCACAAUACGCUGCAGCAUAGAGACGGACGAAUGGGAAUCGAACAAACUGCCGGCAUGUGUGCCAGACGAAACGCACGACCAGGACGGGGCGGUUGGGCAGCAGGGCGGAAAUGGUAAGCGGAAACCCGGCCAACGUGGUCAAAACAUUCAGGAGGAAACCGACCUUGAACCGGAACUGGCUGCUCGGUUGGAUCUGUCCUGCAUGGCCCAAGGGCUCAUAAGGGCGCCCGAGAUCGACAACGGCUAUGUGGUGAAAUACAACAGGCGAAAGAAAAAUGGCAACAUUUUCCUGGUAGCGUACUACGAGUGUGACGAUUACUACGAACUGCAACCACCGGAGCAUGAUCGGUUGUACUGCAGCGGACGGAAGUGGAUCGGCAAACGGCCGGAAUGCAUCACAACCCGAUCCGGCUCAGACGAUGAAGACGAGGGCGAAGAAGAGGAAGAAGAGGAGGAGGGAGAAGAAGAAGAUUAUGAAGAAGAGGGCGAAGAAGGCUCUGAACAACCAUCCGAACGUGAUGAAAAAGUUCACGAGCGAACAACAGCAACAACGGCACCCAUGCCAACAACUACAACAGCUACUUCCACUACAGAAGCAACAACAGCAUCAACAACCGAAGCGUCUACAACGUCGACAACAAGUACGACACAACAACCUUUACAUACAACGACUUUAACGUCCGUUCACCCACGCGCGACAACAACGGAAGCGAACAUGCCAGACAAUUUGUCCGUCCUAGAAGUUGAACAUGACACUCAUCAACAUCGAUCGACACCCGACAACGAGGACGAAGAGGACGAGGAAGAAGGCGGUGAUGAUGAUGAUGAUGAUGGUGAAGACAAUGAGCACGAUCAUCAAGCGUCGCACAGCGAAGACGAUCACCAGGAACUAUCCACAGCCGAACCAGAACGGCCACCUUCAUCAACGGAAUCCAUAGUUACGUCGUCCCCGCAGACGGUGGUGGCCGCUUGCGGUUCCGAUCGUGGCGGUUGCGAUCACGAAUGUCGAAUGAUUUAUCACGGCAACGAGGUGGAACCGGUGGUCGAGUGUAGCUGCUACCGGGGGUUCCUGCUGGAUGCGCGUGAUGGAAGAACCUGUCACGAUGUUGAUGAAUGCACGGAAAAUAAUGGCGGCUGUGAGCAGACAUGCGUCAAUAAACCCGGAUCGUACGAAUGUAAUUGCGAGCCCGGAUUGCAAAUCGACACUCUGAAUGGUCACACGUGCAUCGAUAUCGAUGAGUGCCAAAAUGGAGACAUCGCGGAACGAUGUGCCGAUGGAUGCGAAAAUACGUUCGGUUCCUAUCGAUGCCUGGAGGGCCCAAAGCCCACCAUUGAUGAUGGCAAACCACCAACAACGGAGUACGAUGAUGAAGAAGAUGAUGGCGAGAGUGACACCGAAGACGACGACAAUGGGGAAGCAGAGGAACAAGAGCGAUCGGAAGCGCAUAAUCGAUUGAGCGAAAAUGAAUUGCCCCAAGAAUCCCAUCAAUCAGUGGAAAGCGCCGGAAGCGGCUCGACGAAUGAAGAUUCCAGCGACGAGCGUGAUGAUGACGUGGAAAAUGAGACCGAAACGAUACCGGACGGGUCGAUUCCGGUCGGUUCCUCGCACGCUCAUCGGCAUCAUCACGGCGAUCGACGCGAUGAAGCUCACGAUGCGUCACAGGAACGAGAGGAAGAUCUCGAAGAUGAUGGGGAUGGAGAUGAUGAUGAGGAAGAGGAUGAAGAUGCCGGUGUCCCCGAGAGGCCUCACGUUCAAGAACCUUCCAGACCGGUCGUAACGUCGGGUGAUGGACACGGUGAGAUUACCACCUCCAAGGUGGACCACGAUGGACCAAACGAAUCGGAUUAUGAUGAUGAUGAUAAUGGGCUCGAUUCGGAAGAAAGCACCGAGCGGAAUAACGGCUACCAAGUACCCUCAGGUAGUACCCGCGGUUGUGGUGAAGGGCUUCGAAUCAAUCCGACGACGGGCACUUGUGAAGACAUCGACGAGUGUGAGGAGCAGGAUCACGGAUGCGACUACUGUCAAAAUGCGCACGGUGGCUAUCAGUGCACCUGUCCGGACGGGUUCGAACUGGCGAACGACGAUAAGCGCUGUGAGGACGUGGACGAAUGUUCCGCCGGUGAGGAAGAGACAGACGAGAGCGGGUCGGUGUGCUCGCACGAGUGUCACAACACGAUCGGUUCGUUCGAGUGUCGAUGUCCGGACGCGUUCCAUCUGAACAACGAUCGACGCACCUGCGUGCGGGACUUUUGUCAGGAUCUGUACGAAAACCCGAACAAGACGCGCUGUUCGCACGAGUGUGUCGACGAGGUGGAAGGUUUCCGGUGCCACUGUCCGGAGGGUUAUCUGCUGGAUGAGGUGGACCAGAAGACGUGUCACAGCGCGUACAGCUGCGAUGAGAAUCAGCGCAAGCGGUGUGAGCCGGGCCGGUGUCGGAAGGUCGGUAGCGCCAGUGGGGACUAUCGGUGCGAGUGUCCCGACGGGUACGUUCAGAACGAUCACAGUUGCCACGAUCGGGACGAGUGUCAGCUGGGAAGGCACGAUUGCAGUCACGAGUGUCACAAUACGGCCGGUUCGUACAGGUGCAGCUGUCCGGUGGGCUUAACGCUAUCGGCCGAUGGGAAGACCUGCGACGAUGUGGAUGAGUGUCAGCGCGAGACGAACGAGCUGGAAGGUUUGUGUGGUGAUCUCGAGUGUCGCAACACGUACGGGAGCUACAAAUGUGUCUGUCCCGAGGGCAGAGAGCUGGACGAGUACGGUAUCUGCCGGCAGAUGGAUCUGUGUCGUAAGGAUAACGGAGGUUGCUCGCACAUAUGUACGUUCUACAAUCGCGAAACGUACUGCGACUGUCCGGACGACAUGGAGCUGGCGGAGGAUGGCAAAACGUGCGAAACGACAAAUGUUUGUGGAUUAAACAAUGGCGGCUGUUCGCACACGUGCGAUCCGGACAGUGAGACGAUGUGUCUCUGUCCGGCGGGAAUGGUGCUGGGUGGAAAUGGGCGCACCUGUGAGGAUGUGAACGAAUGCCACACGAACAAUGGCGGCUGUUCGCAGAGUUGUCUUAACUUCGAGGGUGGUUAUCGAUGCAGUUGCUACGAAGGGUACGAGCUGGAGGAGGACAGACGCACGUGCGUCGAUCACGACGAGUGUGCGAAUGCGCGUGGAGGUGGUUGCGAUCACAACUGCCACAACACGGCCGGUUCGUACUAUUGCACGUGCCAUGCUGGAUAUACGCUGGCGGAUAAUGCUCGAUCUUGCAUGGACGUGAACGAGUGUGAAGAUCACAACGGCAACUGCUCGCACGUGUGCAUCAAUCUGCUCGGUGGACAUCAGUGCUCCUGUCCGAAGGGACUGUUCCUGCAGGAGGACGAUCGAACGUGUGACUUUGUGGAUGAGUGCGAGCUGAACAAUGGCGGAUGCUCGCAUGGAUGCCAUUACGAGUACGGAGUGGUGAGCUGUUCGUGUCCGAAAGGGUUCCAGCUGGAUGCGGAGCACCAGAAAACGUGCGUGGAUGUCGACGAAUGUUCCAAGCGCAAUGGUGGUUGUUCGCACGAUUGCUUCAACACCCCAGGGUCCUACGAAUGUCACUGUCCGGAGCGUUACGAACUGCGUCACGAUCGUCACACGUGCCAGGAUGUGGAUGAGUGCGUGGCGGAGAAUGGGAACUGUUCCAACAUUUGCAUUAACCUUCCCGGUGGGUAUCGCUGUGCCUGCGAGAUCGGGUAUGAACUGGCGGAUGAUCAGCGCACAUGCGUCGAUGUGGAUGAGUGUGCGGAUGGCAGUCACGAUUGUUCGCAUCACUGCGUGAACGUACCGGGAGCGUACGAGUGUGACUGUCCCGAGGGUUUUAAGCUGGGUCGCAACAGGUUAAGCUGUGAGGAUGUGAACGAGUGCAAAGUACUUCCCGAUCGGGGUGGAUGCGAGCAUCAUUGCAUCAACACGAUCGGAUCGUAUCACUGUGGCUGUGAGGAUGGCCAUCGGCUAGCGGUGGACAAUCGCACCUGCUCCGAUGUAGACGAGUGUAGCGAUGAGGUUCGGCGGUGUACACACGACUGCACCAACACGAAGGGAGGGUUUGAGUGUUCGUGUCCGUCGGGAUUACGUUUGGACAUUGAUAAGGUGAGCUGCGUGGACAUUGACGAGUGUCGAAUUAACAACUUCAACGGUGGCUGCUCACACAUCUGCCAAAAUACCGAGGGAAGCUUCCAGUGUCGGUGUCCCGAGGGGAUGUUGCUCGGGGAAGAUCAAGCCACGUGUGACGAUGUCGAUGAGUGCACCGAGCUCAACGGAGGAUGCAGUCAACUGUGCAUCAAUCGGGACGGUGGCUAUCGAUGUGGAUGUCACCCGGGAUACAGCCUGAUGGUGGACGGGAAGGCCUGCGAGGUGUCGAAUCCUUGCGCGUUGAGGAAUGGAGGCUGUCAGCAUUAUUGCAGCCUGAAGGCCGGACUACCGGUCUGUUCGUGCAGGGAAGGCUACGUGCUGAACAAGACGAAUCAAGCGUCCUGCAUCGAUCACAAUGAGUGUCUGCAGACGAAGGAUCACAACUGUCAGCAGCGGUGUGUUAACUUGGAAGGUUCGUACAGGUGCGACUGCUACACUGGAUACGAGAAGAACGAUCUCGGACAAUGCAUCGACAUUAACGAGUGUAUCGUCCAUAAUGGUGGCUGUGGAUCGAAGGCGCAGUGCGUCAAUACGGCCGGCAGUAGCCGUUGUGCGUGCCCAGUGGGCUUCAAGCUGACGCAAGAUCGCAAAAAUUGUGCCGAGCUGAAGGACAAUUGCAAACCGUUGGAAGCACCACGAAAUGCCGAGGUGAGGUGCACACGUUCCAGACAUAAGACGCAACUGUUCUAUCGCUCCAAGUGCAUUAUUACGUGCAAGAAGGGCUUCAAGCUGCACGGACCAUCGGUGCGCCACUGCAAUGGUACUGGCGAGUGGGACGAAGGUGAAUCCAUUUGUGUUCCUCUUGCUUGUCCAAAAUUGAAUCGUCCAGAAAAUGGUGUCAUCUUACCGGUCGCAUGUACGGCGGGCAAGAUUUUUGCCAACGAACGAUGUGUGCUUCACUGCAAACCCGGGUUUAAACCGAUGACAAAGCGAACUGCUGUCUGCACUUUGUCCCAAACUUGGGUACCCGGGGAUAGUCUCCGUUGCGUUCCGUUGGAUACUCCAACGGUAACAGCAAGACCGGUGACAACUUCAUCCACCGUUGCGCCGGUCACCAUCAAACCAUACAUCCAGUGUCCACCGGAUAUGCACGAGGUACUGCCGAUGGGUCAGUACACGAUGAAGGUAAGGAUCGAGCGACCGACAUCGAACGUCGAUUGGCACAAGUACGUAGACUCGCAUCCACCAUGGGGCAAACAGCUGGAAGUGGAACUGCCUGCGGGCGAAACGAUCGUUACGUUCCGCGCACGUAGUCCAACGAGCAACGUGAACGAUGUGUGCCGCGUUGUGAUAAAAAUACGAGAAAGAAAACCGCCAACCGUGGUGCACUGUCCCGAAUCGUUCGAGGUACAGCUGGAACGCAACGAACCUUCCCGUUCGAUAUUCUGGACCGAGCCCAAGUUCGAAUCUGAGUCGGAGAUCAAGCAGCUCUACAAAUCCAACACACCCGGCCAACUGCUCGCAGCCGGAUUGCACUACAUCAACUACAUCGCAACCGACGCGGAUGGGUUGAGUGCCAACUGUAACUUCCGUGUGGUGGUCAAAGGUAAGGAUUCGGUGAAGCAAACGUUUUGGGGCAGUGGCAUAACCUACGGGCUUCUUGCAGGUCCUCCGGUAGAGGUGAUGGAACCGCGACGUCCACAUCCGGGCACCGUCGGUUCAAGGCCGGCGGAAAUGAAUCGCCUCGAAAACCACGAAUCAUAUCUCAUCUGUCCCGGCAAACCGCCCGUGAGGCUCGACGGCAACAAUUAUCCCUUGCACGUCCCGCAAGGGUGUGUGGUGAAGAACAUACGCAUCAAGCAAAAGUUGGCCCGGUUGCGCCAUCAGCAGCGAAUGUUGGCGCAGCAUCUGCAGCAUCUGGAGGAAUCACCUAACGCCAGUCCGGCAUUGAUACGCCAACAGCAUCAGCGUUACAAUAAUCUGCUUCGCUACUACUCCUCGUGGGACAAGGUCUACGCGUCGUCGGCGGCUACUUCAAGGCCAUCUAGCGCACUGGAUGGUGCUUCAUCGUCGAGAGCCCUCCACUUACCCCAGAGGCUUGCUGAGCCGUAUUCCACGGGCCCGAUGAGUGUAUCACACUAUCAACAACCUCCGCAUCACCAGCAGCAACAUCCACGUCGUUGGAUGAAAAAGCGCAGCCGAGCGCACACUGAAGGAAUGCGUAUCGGUGCUGAGAAUACUGGCAAUCCCCAGGAACAACAUGGUGAUCAGUAA